AUGGCAGCGGAAAGCCAGCGUGAGGCGGCAAGACCAACCGCGCUAAGGACAGCGACUGCUCCCGCCGGCACCACCUGCGACAACAACAACAACCACCACCACCUCCUCUGGUCUUCAACAACAAAAACAACCACCACAUCUUCACCCUCGUCUCUCGUCUCCCCUACUUCUUCCUCUUACUCCUCAUCCUCCGCCGCUUUUGCUGCUGCUUCUCAAGCAUCUUCUCCCUCUGCUGUUCCCCGUCCUCCCCAGAGCCGCUUUAGUUUCGAGUACAAGUAUCCCCUGCGCAAGAGAGCCCUGACAUCGUCGCACACCAACGCCGCCACCGCUUCCAUCCAGAACGGCGACGACACGCAUCGGGGCCCAGACCCAACUCCCACCCGCCAACAACGCACCAUCCUGUAUGACAGACCUCGGCGGUCAGUCCCCAACUUUCAAUUGUCUCCCGUCCGCAAUUCAGCGGGGUCUGGUUGCCAAUCCCCUUCACCUCGACUGGCCGUAGAAAACGACCUCGAUUUCGCGCCACCUCUUGACGUCGCCUCGACCACCCGCGUGACGAAUCCAAAUGCAACCAAGCGUCAGAAGUCAUCUCUCUAUGAUCAGAAGACGGUUCCAGACGUGAAUAAGAAUAUGUCCGCCUCCUCGGUGGUUUAUGCUCAGGGGCGAACGCCGGUUGACGAGCGCAGUUGCGGCCUCGACGGACUCGAUCGGUACAGUCAGUCAGGAGAUGGCAGCAAAACCCCGGUGCCCGAUGAUACCCGUACCAAAAACGAGGAUAUCUUCCUAAACAUCGCGAGAUCGGAUUCCGGUCGUCGCGACUCGUUCGGAAGAUCAGAGUUUCGACGGUCGCGUUUUAGGAUGUCUGGCAGUGGACUUCGUUCAUCGACCUCUCGUAUUUCGGAACAGUUGCCUGCCUCCGAUCAGAUUCGUUUGAAAACAUACGACAGCCCCUUGCAUUCGCAACAAGAACCUCCGUCCACCCCCCACACGGCCGCUUUAUACUCUUACUCAGCUUCCGCCCAUCCACUGGAUCAGCAUUCCCGCCCUUCCAGCUCGGUCUACGUCCCCAGCUCUAGGUCUGCAAUUGGUCUACCACGGAGUCGCCUGGGUCGGUCCAGUCCCGAGUCCUUACCCUACAGUGCCGAUGCCUUCCCUGAGAGACGCGGGUCACUGCACGAGUCCCGAGCCUAUCGUCAAUCUACCUUAUCCACCAUUCGAAGCGGUCGACAGCCUUCCAACUCAGACCUCACCGAACGCGCUCGAUUCGAGGUCGAGCGGUCCCGUCAGGAUGGAACAGAAUCUACCCUGUCCACGACUGCGCCUUCCACGGUUUGGGAUGAGCUUGAAGACCUGAAAUCUCGGAUCAAGAAGUUAGAACUGACGGGGAAGCUCCCCCCCUCGUCGCAGGAAGCGAUCUCUUCCGCCUCUGGCGAACGGCCACCAACGGCCACAACGACCAUGACUACGGUGUCGUCUUCACCCAGGCGUCCCCACAAGGCAAACACUUUCUCAGGUGAGCUCGAGGCGUCUGCGGCUCCCAACCCGGUGCAUCCGCUCCUGCAGUCGGCUCUAGUCAAUGCCAGGGACGUGCUCAGCAAUGAAGUUUACGCUGCUUUGGAGGUUACCGCGACCGACGCGCUGGCGCUGUCAACUUUGCUUGGAGCCAGCAAGGCCCCAUCUGGUAAUGUAUCUGUAGUCAAUGGGUAUAGCACAUCCGAUAGGCAGGCUAAGCGGAAAGCCGACAGCGUUUGCCGUAGUCUAACAGAACUAUGCCUCGCCUUGUCGGACGAGCAACACCGGAAACAGUCGGCAUUGGCAUUGAAUGGCAGAGCCGAGGAGAAGGAAGUGACUGCAAACGACGAUGACACGUUAACCCCGACGCUGUCUUUCCGUCGAAGCACGACGUUGGAUUCCGAUGGGAUAGUCCGACGAACGAGCACUAAGCGGUUGACCAGUCGUUUAGAGGCUCGUCGGUCAAGCGUCGUAACUGCCAAUGCUUCUCCCGAGUCUCAGCACGGUGACCAAAGCGAUGCGCCAGGCUCUGAAGCCAAGUUGACCCAAUCGCCCAGCUCACCGGCCGGCACUCGGUUGAGUCGACUGUCUACAUCGUUACGGACCAAGCGACACCGCACGGAUGAUGAGUCUGCUGCUGAUCAGGGCCCGCAAAUCUCGCCGUCGAGAAGUAUCGCGAAUCUCAGCAGCGCAGCAAACAACUAUCGCGUAUCUCCCCGCCAACGCAUGUCCCAUGGAUAUACUGCAUCUCAGUCAGUGGUCACCUCGACACCGGAUCGCAAUCCUCGAUUCCCGGCCCAACCUCAAGCGUCACAUUUGCCUCAGCCUCGGACCCCAACUCUCUCACAAUCUGCGAUUCCUCUGCGCCGGACAUUGAUGACCCCCGGGUACACUCCUGCCACUGCGCGCUCGAACAUCCAAGCUGGAAUCCGGCGCUACAACACAACUGCUGGGCUCAGUUCUGCCACUAACCGAAGCGAUGGUUCCACAGACGAUGGCAUCGCAUCCCCUCGACCAGAAUCGUCUCAGACUCGAAUCAUCGCACCGUCAAGCAAACAAGCUUCCAGUUACACUCCAAUUAGCCAAAACAGACUACGAACAAAUAGUCUAGGCGCCCGGAAAUUCGUACUCCGACCGCGGUCACUCGCCGUCUCGGAUGACGCUGCGAAUGCCUUCCAAGACAGGGUUAAUUGA